AUGUCUUUCGUCGAGCGUCGAAUUUCGAUCAUGCCCGCUUGUCAGAUCGACAACGCGAAGGAGACCGUGGCCAAGGAAACGGCGAUGAAUCGGCUGUCACCCGGCUCGUCGGCCCUCGCAACACAGAGGCAGGGGGCGGCGGUGUUUGACCCGACGUCUUCAUUCAUCAUCCGGCCUUUUGUGAAUUCGAUUCUUGACAGAAGUCGCCAAUGUAUAUGA